UUGAACUGUAAUGGUUGAUCAGUAGCGAACUGUCAGGUUGUUAAGUCCUGCUUGUUUUUAACUACAUCCUUAAUCUGUUUAUUUAUUUUUAUCUAAACGGAUGGGUCGUAUUUUGAAGGUUAAAAUUUCUUAAGACGUUCGAACACUAUGUAGAGUGAUACAAUAACACUAAAAGGUUUAAAAAGAGUGAAUGCCUGGAGUGCAGUGAGUCCAAUAUUUAUUGAAGUGGAUAUUCUGGAAGAAAAGGUGAAUCAUGUAUUAUAACCGGAGGCGUACAAAUAACUUCACGUAUGUGAGUUCAUGCGUUAAAUAUAUGAUAUUCAUCCUCAAUUUCAUAUUUUGGCUUUUUGGAGGAUUGUUGAUUGGCGUAGGUCUAUAUGCCUUUUAUGACAAAUGGCAAACUACUGGAUCAGUGAGAGUUGAAAAUGUCUACGAUGUGGUUUUAAAUAUUUCUCUUGUGAUGGCCAUAGCUGGAGGAGUAGUUUUUAUUGUUAGUUUUGCUGGCUGUGUUGGUGCAUUAAGGGAGAACACGUGUCUACUCAAAUUUUAUUCAUGGUGUCUCCUAGCAUUUUUCUUAUUGGAAAUGGGUGUUGCAAUCAUCGGAUUUGUAUUUCCUCAUACUCUUCAGUCUUUACUUGAAGAAUCAUUUACCGAUAAAAUCAUUCAAACGUAUAGAGAAGAUCCAGAUUUGCAAAAUUUUAUUGAUUUUGGUCAACAAGAGUUUAAAUGUUGUGGUCUUAGUCAAGAAGGAUACCUGGAUUGGCAAAAAAAUGAAUACUUCAACUGUUCAAGUCCUGGACGAGAAAGCUGUGGUGUACCCUUUUCAUGCUGCAUCAAUACUACAGAUAUUUCAAGUGGUUUGGUAAAUAUCAUGUGUGGUUAUCAAAUCCAAACACUACCAUCAUCAGAAGCAAGUAAGAGAAUUUGGAUCAGUGGAUGCAUAGAAAUCGUUCGUACUUGGGCAGAACGCAAUCUUUAUACAAUUGCUGGUAUCGCCUUGGGAAUAGCUUUAAGUCAACUAUUUGUAAUCUAUCUUGCCAAAACUUUGGAAGGCCAGAUCGAGAUGCAAAGAGCUCGUUGGCGAUCCUGAGGCUGACCCCAAGCCACCUUUCGCUAUAUAAUGGAUUCUUCCACCAGUAGACAGGUGGCCGGUGGUCGUACAAAUUAUCAAGAAUCUGAAAGUCGUGCAAAUGCGCGUAUGGCAAUGCUCGUCUUACUUGCGACAUCUCUGUACGUAUUGUGCAUAAUGUCGGUGGUCAGACUUGCUCUCUAUUUCAAAAGUUAUUUUUACAAGUAUCUUAAUCACAGCUAAAUUGUGAUGUUAUCAUUAACCUAAUGUCAAUGUACACUGUAAGAUUAUCUAAUACGGUACAUGUCUGAAUUUUAUGUAACUCAUUCAUUAGAUUAAUGUUUUGUCUUCUAAUUGAUAUUUUUAUCCUUAAUGUAAUUUACAAAGAGAUUUAUGGAGAAGUUUCAAAUGUUUUUUGAUGUUUUUUAAAAGGUAUUCUAUAGGGAUUUUAUUAGGUGAAAAGUUUUAACUUGUCUUUAUAAUGAUAAAUGUUUUGAUUGUCAUUUUCAAAUAUGUCUUUGAAAAUGUCAUAAUUUGAAUCAUGACAUGUAUGUUUAACGUACAAUUUUACUGCCAUCAAUUGAAUUAUGGUUGCUUAUGAUAAAUUAAUGUAAAAUGAUUCUUUCUAUUGUAGUUUAUAGGGAGAACAGCACACAUGAAAAAUGUAAAAAGUAUAAGUAAUUACUGUACUGUACUCGAUAAACAAAAUGAUAAUAAUUCAAAAGCUAUUUAAUAAUUGUAUUUUGUCAGAGAAAAAAUGCACUGAUAAACACGCACAUUGCUGCGACAAAAAAAAACCAUGUAAAACACUUGAAUUAUUUUCAAUUUAUAGAAACUGCAUGAUACUAAACUGGAGGAUGAUUAAAUCUUAUUGAGAAUGAUUGAAUUUUGAAGUAUGCGCCGAUCGAAAUUGACCAAUCUCUAAGAUAUAUCAGAUUUAUUUUUAUCAAAGUGAUAUGAUGAUAUUCGUCUUGAAAGGGAUACAAAUACUUCCCAGUACGAAUUGUCAAACUAUUAUCGUUGUGCUCUAGUGCUCGUGCACAAAAAUAUAGUACACCCAAGUAAUAUGUAAUAUUUAAGCUAAUGUGUACAUAAAUUCAAAAUGUCGUAAUUAUGGUAUUAAUUAAUAAUUUUUAGAAUUAUUUUGCAACAUUCAUGACUAAAGAUUAUUCGGAUAUUAUUUUUACAAAUAUCCCUUUUUUUAAAAAUGCAUCUGUAACUCAAUUAUAUAACUUUCGAAAAAACGUCCAGUGCCAAAAUCUAUUUAUCAUUAUUUUUUAUUGUAUUAUCAUUUAAUUAAAAAUCAUUUUAUAUCAUUUUAUUUGUUACUUAGAAUGUUCUGACAAUAAUGUUAUGUGAAUGCUUAGCUUUUUUGUCUUAAAAAAUAAGUAGACGAAAAAUUAUUGGCAUAUUUUUUAAUACUCAGUGAUAUAUAAAAAUAAAAAAAAGAUAUUAGAUAAGUCUUAUCACGAAUUCGUAUCA